UCUCGAUAUUUUGACUCUGCGAACCAGUUUUUUUUUUUCAGCUCCCUCCACUUAUCACCGCUCUUCUGAACCAUCUCUUUGGUGGUGAAUUAGGGAUUCCCCUGUCGACCUUGGAAAACCCCCCAACUUCACCCACUCAUUGGUUUCAAUUUCGUUCUUCUCUCUCGUUCGUUUACUGUUCGAUUCUUUUUCUUAUCUGUUCAUCCUCUACUCCUUUAUCAAGAUGGUGCAUUUCCCACCGGAAAAGGGCCAAGCAGAUUGUUGAAACUUGGGAUAAAUUAUUCAACUCAUCUCAGCAAGAGCAGCGUGUUUCAUUUCUGUAUUUGGCAAAUGACAUUUUGCAAAACAGCAGGCGCAAGGGAAGUGAAUUUGUGAAUGAAUUCUGGAAAGUUCUUCCUGGUGCUCUCAAGUAUGUCUACGAUCAAGGCGAUGAAAAUGGAAAGAAAGCAGCUGCUAGACUUGUCAACAUUUGGGAAGAAAGGAAGGUUUUUGGUUCUCGGGGUCAGAAUCUUAAGGAUGAAAUGCUUGGUAAAUAUCCACCUCCAACUCCAUUACCCAGCAGCAAUGGCAAGAGUUCAAAUCCUAAAAAAAUAGUGAAGAGGGAUGCCCACUCUGUGAGAAUUAAACUGGCUGUUGGAGGUGUUCCAGAGAGGAUUCUUACUGCAUUUCAAUCUGUACUUGAUGAACAUCUGAAUGAGGAUGCUGCUCUGAACGACUGUAGUUCUGCUACUCAUCAUCUGAAUCAAAUUGAGGAAGACUUGAAUGCUUCCUUAGCUCAAGGAACUCAACCAAGGUCUGCAUUGCUUGACGACCUUCAAGAGCAGGAAAAUGUAAUUCAACGAUGUAUUAGGCAACUCGAAAGUGUUGAGGCAACUAGGGCUUCUUUGGUUUCCUUGCUUGUAGAAGCGCUUCUGGACCAAGAAUCAAAGCUGGAACUAGUUCGCAAUCAGUUGCAGAUUGCUCGAUCUCAAAUUGAGCUAGCAAGUAAUGUUCGGAAGAGAUCUACUUCGACUCAAGUUCCUGGUCCUUCAGCUACUACCAUUAAUGUACCGACAGAAACGACCCAUGUGAUUGAUACUAAGUUACCUUCUGUCCAACAGAACGCAAUCGCUUCUCCUGUCCAGGCUAUGGCUUCUUUUGCUGGUCCUAAAACCAGUGAAGAUGAAACGAAGAGAGCAGCUGCUGCUGCUGUUGCUGCGAAGUUGGCUGCUUCUACAUCUUCGGCACAGAUGCUUACCUCUGUUCUUUCAUCCCUUGUUGCAGAAGAAGCUGCUUCCAUGAAUGGUAGCCUAAAAUCAUCUGGGUUUGCUUCAUUGUCCAUAUUCCCCUCUGAGAAACGACAGAAACUUGAGAAGCCAAUGCCUAUAUCCGAUGUCAGCGGUUCAGAUGGUAUUGGCGCAUCAUUCAUUACACCUAUGCAACAACAACAAUUGACAAGUGUGCCUCUUGCACAAUCAGCAAACGGGCAACCUGUAUCCCAGGCGAACCCGUGUCAAGCUUCAUUUGCUCCACCACCUCCACCAGCACCACCAUCUUUGUCCUCAACUCCACCAGUGAAUCAAUAUGCGCAGUCUGGUGGAUUAAUGGGGGUAUCACCGUAUAGUUUUGGAGCAUAUUCUCUACCACCUCCACCUCCUUUGCCUCCUCAUAUUGCAAUGGGUUUGAGCAGGCCAAUGUCUCAGCCGCCUCAGCAGCAGCAGCAGCAGCAGCAGCCUCAGCUGUCACUGCCUACUUCAGCAGGAUUUUAUCGGCCACCAGGUAUAGGUUUUUAUGGGCAAGGCCAGCAGUCGACGCCGCCACCCGUACCAAGGCAGUAAGUUACCAGGUAGAAUUUACUUGGGCCAAAUCUUCACUCAAGGGUUAAUAGCUUUAAUGUGUCAAAUGAGAGUUCAUUUCAGAAUUUGUAUUAUCAUGUAAAUUAGUAGAUUUCUUUUUGGUCUGUAGAAGUUUUAGUAUGUCUUCUCCUGCAAACAAUCUAAAAGAGCAUGUUGCAGCUGAGGUUGGUCCAUGCUGAUGGCAUACAUUAGGCUUUUCUAAUGUAAUGCUAUCAAAAAUUGGAAAGCUCGGUGGAGUCUCGGUUACCUCGAAAAUUUUACUGUGGCAAGGUAAGCAGCUCUUGUCCCCCUAUGUUUGGAAGCUGGUUAGAGUACUGUAGUACUGCUUAGAAGAUUUUUAGUUGACAUGUUAGAGAUUCAGCUUUGAAGACGCUUUGGCUUUAUAUCUGGCUGGAUAGAGUAGGGAAAUAGACUUAUUUGGAUAGCAAUAACAGGGAUGAUAUUGGUCUGUAAUAUAACUUGGUGAGGCCAUGAAAAUUACAAGUUGUUUAACACAGCAGUGCCAUAGUUUUGUAAUC